AUGAAGAGCAGCUACAAGGAGCAGUGGCUGCAGGCAAUGAAGAGUGAGAUGAAGUCGCUUGAAGAAAACAGCACAUGGAAGCUAGUGGACAUGCCACCGGGCAAGAAGGCCGCGCGCUUGGUUGCGAAAGAGUUCACGCAGCGUCCUGGCAUCGACUACAACGAGACCUUUGCACCAGUGGCGCGCAAGGAAUCUAUCAACACAGCGUUAGCGAUCGCUGCAGCUGAAGACCUGGAAGCAGAAAAUGCUGAUGUCGACACAGCGAAGCCCGAAAAAGAAGAGUGUUUGCUGCAGAAGGCGCUAUACGGGACGAAGCAAGCGGCGCGGCAGUGGAAAAAUAAGUUGAGUCAGCACUUGGAUGAUCAAGGGUUCAAGAGCAGUGCAGCGGACCCGUGUGUGUUCGUUCGAGUGACAAGAGAGGAGUACAGCAUCAUCGUGAUCUACGUGGACGACUUAAUGCUUUUCUGCAAGACGAAGGGGCACAUCGCAAGUAUCAAGAACUCAUUGAUGGAAGAUUUCAGCAUUAAAGAUCUUGGAGAUCUCAAGUACUGCCUAGGGAUCGAGAUUCAUCGCAAGCGCGAAGAUGGAACGAUAAAGAUGAACCAGAAGGCGUACAUCAAGCGACUUUCGGAGAAGUUUGGCGUUGAAAACUGCAAGGACGUGCACACGCCGGCAGACAGUAACUCGAAGCUGAUCAAGAUGGGUCAAGAGGAAGCGUUUGUACCAAAGUACCCAUACCGUGGGCUGGUGGGCGCUUCAAUGUACAUCGCCACGUGUACUCGACCGGACAUUGCGCAUGCGUUUGGCGAAGUUGUGAAGUUUUGUGAGCGCUACGACAAGUCGCAUUGGACAGCAGCAAAGCGGAUUCUUGAGUAUCUCAAGACGACUCAAGACUUAAUCAUCGUGUUCAGCGGCAUCAACAAGGGAGAGCUGAUUGGAUUCGCGGGUGCAAACUGGGCUGGCGACCUCGACACGGCGUUCGACAACAGGAUACGUUUUCUUCUUGAACGGAAGCGUGAUAUCGUGGAAUUCGAAGCGUCAACCAACGGUCGCGACCUCAAGUACUGA